AUCAUGUCGGCAGUUCGUUUACGAGUGUUUAUAUUGUUUAAUUGCUUUCGAAACGACUGAUUUAUCUUGAAUGCAAUAAUUAGUUGUUUAAAAUAUUUAUUUUUAGAUAUGUUAUCUUGUUAUUAGGAAACAGAUAUACACUUAAAAUGCCUUAUUACUGCACAGUGCCGCGAUGCACUUCUAUGGCUGGAAAAGCUAAAAAUGUUUCAUUUCAUCAGUUUCCUAGAGAUGAAGAAUUAGCCAAAUUAUGGAAUCGAGUACUGAAAAGAGGCAAGCCAUAUACUAAAUACUCAAAAGUCUGCAGCUUGCAUUUUAAACCCGAAGAUUAUACAAUUACUAGUGCCCAGAAAAAUAGAGGUCAAUGGAGGACAUUACGAAAAGAUGCUAUACCAUCUCUGAACUUACCAUCUGAAUCGCCUACUGAAGAUUGGCAUAGAAAGAACACCAGUGCUUUUCAGUUGCCAACAGCUCUUGAUACUAGUGUACAACAUCAAAUGGCCCAAGCAAUCUAUGUUCAAACAAUGCUAGCUAUGCAAGCAGCUGGUAUAAAUGAAACAAACAAUGUAUUUACCAAUGUUUCAGAACAGUCGUCACCAUCAAAUUCUGACACUCAAAAUGAAGAUGAUACUCAAACAACAAUGCAACAAGAGAAAAAAAACACAAUCCCACCAGAAAAAGUAACUUAUGAAUGCAAUCAAUGUUCUAAAUGCUUCAAAGACCCGGAUGUGUUUAUUCUCCAUCAAAGAAAUCAUGUUAAAACAGAAAAUAAUGCAGAGAUGCUGAGAGCAAACCCCAUAUUGGCUAAUUUGCUCAAAACAGACUCUGAAAAUAAUAAAAAUGUUAUUAGUAUAGAAAAUCAAAUUAUGUCAGCACUAACAGAAAAUAUGGCAAAUUAUUUGCAUAACUUGUCAACUAUUAUGACAAACACUGCUUUAGACAAUAGUAUAGUUAAUAGACAAUAUGGAACCAACCUGAUUGAACCUGAUAGUUCCAAUAGCACCAAUAGUGAAGAUCUUAUUAAAGAAACUAUAUCUGACACUCAGUAUUGUAAAGAUGGCAGUGAUGAAAACAAUUCUAAGUUUAUUGUUAAAUCAGAUGGACCUGAUUUUAUAAAAGAAACAGGCAGCGGAGAACUGUGAUAUUUAACAAGACUAAGUAGUUAUUGUAAGUUUUUUUCCUUUUUAUUUCUUUAAGAUUCAUUGAUUGAAAAGUAUGCAAUUUGAUUAAUUUUUAAACGGUUUUUUAUUAACUUGAUUUACAACAUUUUCCUAAAAAUGGUUAUACAAGAUAUUACAGAAAAUGUAAAAAUGCAUUUUGUACAGAAUCUAAAUUUCUAUUGGUGCUCAAACUCAUAUACAUAGUUGAUAUCAUAUCUAUAAAAGUGGUUUAUAACUGAUAUUGAAAAAAAAAUGAACAAGAUGAUUUUGUAUUUGAUGAAAAACUUUCUUUAUAAAUUAAAGACUUUGUAGGUUAUUUACCCACCUUUCAUGCAGACUUUAGGAUAUAAGUUUCUCUUAAUAAAACUAAAAAUGUCUCUCUUUAGUAUAUAAUAAAUAAUCUUAAAAGACUUAUGUCCCACCGAUUUUUGGCAAUUUUUGAUUAGAGUUUAGACAAAUUGUGUUAUGUUACAGGUCAAUACAAAUUUGUUUCAUAUUUAACCUUACAAUGCCACAAAAUGAUUUGAAC